UUGUUUGCCUCUUGCAACAUUUUGUCCUGGGUCAUUGCCGGGAACAAAUAUCCUCGCCGUUACAUGUAUAAAACCCAAGUCCAGGUCCAAAACAGAGGGAGUUCUUCUUUGCCUUUCAGCGUUUGAAGAUGAACCUGUGGCUGCUCCUGACGCUCCCUGCCCUGGCUGAAUGCCAUCACCCAGCAGGACGAGGCGCCCGCUCCUGCCCGGAUCUGUGCUCCUGCUCCUCUCCACCGUCCGAGGUGUCGUGCAGCCAACGCGCCCUCACACUUUUCCCCGCGGACGGUUUGUCUCCCAACACCACUCGACUGUCCAUCCAGUCCACGGGUCUCACCGGCGUCGCAGCCCAUCACCUGAGCGCGGUGCCCCUUUUAAAAAACCUCCAGCUGUAUCACAACAACCUGACGAGCCUUCCCUCGGACCUGCUGCGGGGUGUUCCCCGCUUGAACACGCUGGACCUCACGGGCAGUCAGCUGGUCCAUCUGCCUCCGCGCGUCUUCAACCGCUCCUCGCUCCAGCAUCUGGUGCUGAAGAACAAUCUGAUCGCCAAAGUGGACGCUGAGUGGUUUCCCGCCGACAGCGGCUUGAUCUGGCUGGACUUGUCCGGGAACCGUUUGACCGGCGUCCCGUCUGCGCCGCUUCUGAGGCUGCCUCGUCUCCAGAACCUGGACUUGAGUCACAACCAUCUGCAAGAGCUGCAGCCCGACGCCCUGCACCACCUGCACCACCUGGAGACGCUGAACCUCGCCGGGAACAAACUAGUCUCCCUGAAACCUUCAGCUUUCACCCACAACCCCAAGCUAUCGCAGCUUUUUCUGCAGGAGAACCGACUCCGGGACCUGCCAGCGACCCUCCUCCAGGGUCUCCGGCACCUUGACCUUCUGCUGCUGAACCAGAAUCAGCUGCAGGGUCUCCCCGCAGGUUUCCUGCGCGACGGGGAGUCCUCUGUUCGGGUGAUCUUAACAGGAAACCCCUGGGUGUGCGAUGAGAGGAUAGAGUUUCUGAAGAAGUGGCUCACUCUUCACCCUCAUAAUGUCAUCUAUCCGGAGGAGGUGACUUGUUCAGGGCCGGAAGCUCUCAAACACCGACAAGUGGUCUCCUUGGCUGACAGCGAGCUCGGUCUCGCGAAAUCGGACAAGACUGCAAAUUAAAAGAGAGAUGGACAUUCUGUUCCAUAUCAUUUGUCCUGCGAAAAAUCCUUACCGCUGUAUUCAAUUCAGAAAUAAAGCUUCAUAAUUCAGUAUUUUAUCUAGAAGUG